AGAUAACCUUCAAAAGUAGUUUGACAUUGACAUUUACGAUGACUUUUACUUUUAUAAAUCUGUCACUUUUUCAUUUGCCGUGCCGAAAGUUGAGCCGUAAAAAGUAAAAUUGGUUUUACUCGAAUUAAUUUAAUUUGGUUUGGUUUGAUACAAAUUUCCAAUUUGUUUGCUUAUUUACUAAACCAUAAUGCCAGCCAAAGCAGUUUGUGUACUAAAGGGAGAAGUCACCGGAACUGUCUUUUUUGACCAAGCAAGUGGUUCCAGUCCUGUCCAAGUAAGUGGCGAAAUCUCCGGUUUAACCCAAGGCCAACACGGCUUCCACAUUCACGAAUUCGGCGACAACACCAACGGUUGCAUCUCAGCCGGAGCUCACUUCAAUCCUCACGGUAAAGACCAUGGUGGUCCCGACGCUUCCGUUCGUCAUGUCGGAGAUCUUGGCAACGUUGUAGCUGAUGCUAGCGGUGUUGCCAAAAUUAACAUCUCAGACAAAUAUAUUUCCUUGGAGGGAGAACACAACAUCGUCGGUCGUACCGUAGUAGUCCAUGCAGAUCCUGAUGAUUUGGGAGUUGGUGGUCACGAAUUGAGCAAAACAACAGGAAAUGCUGGUGGAAGAUUGGCCUGCGGAGUCAUUGGCUUGGCCAAGAUUUAAAAUAUUUUUGUAGGGGACCAGUAAAAGAGUAAUUAUAUAAGUUUAUUUUUAAUUUAAAAAGUGUCAUUCAGUUUUUAUCAAUAAAAAGUUGGUUUAGAGUGUU